AUGCCCUCGACUUCAGAAUAUACAAGGUUACACAUAACCCCACUCAAUCCCAACCUCCUCACUACAAUAAUACCUCCGUCAAUUCUCCCUAAUGCGAAGAACAUUUCCUACCACACCCUCGAAACUUUCCAGGACAGACCUUACGGCUUCGUAGACCUACCUAUUAUGGAUGCCGAAAAGUUGAAAAAGAAGCUCCAUGGCUCUAUAUUAAAAGGCUCAAAAAUCCGGAUCGAAACAGCUCGACCAGCGAAAGAUCUAAGUUCAGUAAAUGAGCCAGAACCAGCGCCCAAGCGACAAAGAGAAAAAAAGGAAACAAGCAAAAAGCGCAAACGGGGAGAGGAAACUAUACCCGCUGUAGUAAUUGGGGAUAGGAAAGUUAAGAGAGGCUGGACUACAACUCCCACGGAUCUAGUCAAGGCGAAGAGGGAAUCAAAGGAACUUAAGAAUGUUGUUAAGUCAAAAUAUACUACAAAUGAGGAGUGUUUGUUUAAGACAAUCUUACCCCCGAAUGUUGCCGCACACACGAAGGCUACGAGUGGCGAGAAAUCGAGUAGGAGGAGCAAGAAGGGUAGAGGUACUGUUGUGCAUGAGUUUGCCAAAAGCACAAAGUAUGCUACCUUCUUAAGAAGUAGUAAUGAAGGCACAAAGUCGAAGCCUGCGGUAGAGUUUGUGGAUGGAAAAGGAUGGGUAGACGAAGACGGUAAUGUGAUAGAAGAAGUGGUGAAAAGGGUACGGAAGAGUCAGAAACCACCCAAGGUUGAGGAGCUUGCUCCGGAAAAAGCAAUGGGCAAAGAUAGCGGCAGUGGUUCGGACCAGGACAAGUCCUCAGGAGAAGAUUCUUCAUCUGAUGAAUCUGAUUUUGAGGAACGAGCGAUGAAGAAAGUGAGGCAGGCAGCAGAAGUCGAGAGCGGCAGUUCAUCAGACUCGGAGAGUUCUGCCGACGAAGACGAGUACAUAAAGCCACAAUCGAAAUCCGAGGAUAUUGUGAUGACAGAAGCGGUCAAAGAAGCCCUCGAGGUUCCAACCGAGGCAGAGAAGCCUUCGGAUACAGAGAGCUCAUCAGCGGAGGAAGUGGAACAUAUCAACCCGAUCCAGCCAGAAGUCUCCAAAGCUGAAGCUGAAUCGGAAGAUGAUGCAUCGUCAUCAGGCUCUGACAAAUCGUCGGAUUCUGAGUCAUCUGAUUCCUCUGGUAGUGACUCGGAAGAUGAAGAUAAAUCAUCUAUCGCAGCCUCCCCUGAGAAUCGCUCCACAUCCACACCAUCAACAAUGCCACCGCCAACCUCCCCCGAAACCAAAACGGCCCGACCUCAGUCAUCCUCUGGUCUAAGUAUUACGAUACCCUCUCCCAUCGUCCAUUCAACACCCAUCCCCACACAGGUACACCCUCUCGAAGCUCUUUACAAACGUUCUAAACCUAAUCCUAACUCCAACUCUGAUGAGCCUAAACCUGAAACCAAGUCAACCUCCUUUAGUUUCUUCGGCGCUGAUGAUGAAGACUCCGAUAUUGGCGAGGAACCCAAUCAAAUCCCUUUAACACCCUUCACCCAACGUGACUUUGAAUCUAGAGGCUUGAGAAGCUCAGCACCGACACCUGAUACUGCUUACGCCAACAAGAGAUUUGUAUGGCCUGGGGGUAAGGAUAAUGAUGAUGAUAAUGACGAAGGGAAUUCUCCAACACCGAAAGAUUCUGUGAGUGGAAAGAUCAUAUUCAAGGAGAAAGAAUCAGAGGAGGCGCCUGAAAGUGAUUUUCAGAAGUGGUUUUAUGAGCACAGAGGAGAGAAUACGAGAGGGUGGAAGAAGCGGAGAAAGGCUGUUGCAAAAGAGCAAAGGCAUAGAGAAAACAAGAAGAGGAGUCGUGCUUAG